AUGGAUCGAGUCCGGAGACUUUUCAUGGACCGCGGGGCCUACGAGCCGCUAGAUGACUCGGCGGAGGUAGAUGCUGGCGAAGAUGGACACGACCAGGAAAGAGCGCCGCCUCGCUUUUCGCGACUGGAAUACAGCGUCUUCUUCCUCCUGGGAGUGUCGAUGCUAUGGGCAUGGAACAUGUUCUUGGCCGCCUCAACGUAUUUCUACAAUCGCUUUGAGUCGGACGAGUGGACCUCGACACAUUACCAGCCUUCGAUCCUCACAGUUUCCACCCUCACCAACCUCGGGACCGUAUACGCUUUCGCGAAAAUUCAGAAGCGCGUCUCGUACCCAUGGCGUAUCACGCUAUCGCUGCUGAUCAACUGCUUCGUCUUCACUCUACUGGCAUUCUCGACCAUUGUCAUGAAAGAUAGUUCGGUCCGCGCAUACUUUGGGUUCUUGAUGGUGAUGGUCUUUGGCGCAAGCUUUGCCGCCGGGCUGAAUCAGAACGGUGUCUUUGCGUACGUUGCGGGGUAUGGUCGAGAAGAGUAUACGCAAGCGAUCAUGGGUGGGCAGGGAGUUGCGGGUGUGCUUCCAUGUGUUGCCCAGAUUGUCUCUGUCCUGGCGGUGCCGAGGGAGAAUAGUGGCGGACAAGCCCAGGAUGGCGUACAGGGAUCGUCGUCAAAGUCGGCCUUCAUCUACUUCUUCACGGCAACGGGCGUGUCGGUCCUCACGCUACUGGCAUUCCUCUAUCUCCUCAGGAACCGACCGAACCCCAAGCAAAAGGCAACGGACGAUGAUGAAAAUACUCCUCUUGCUGACCGUACGCCUGAUAAAUCGGUCAGCUUGUGGACACUGUUCAAGAAACUGCGGUAUCUGUCGCUUGCUGUCUUUGUGUGUCUCCAAGUUACGAUGAUGUUCUUCCCAGUGUAUACCUCCAGGAUCUUGUCGGUCAACGACCCAACAACAUCCCGGAUGUUUGACACAUCUGUGUUCAUUCCCCUUGCAUUCCUGUUCUGGAAUAUCGGUGAUCUCAGUGGCAGAUUGGCCGUUGCCUACCCUGGUUUCUCUCUGGCACACCGUCCUAAGUUGGCUUUCGUUCUGACUGUAGCACGUUUCAUUUUCGUGCCUCUGUACCUGCUUUGCAACAUCAAUGGUACGGGGGCUAUCGUGAGGAGCGACUUCUUCUAUCUCUUCAUCGUGCAAUUGUUGUUCGGUGCCACUAAUGGAUAUCUGGCGUCGAGUUGCAUGAUGGGAGCGAGUGUCUGGGUCUCGGAGGAUGAGCGAGAAGCUGCAGGAGGAUUCAUGAGCAUGAUGCUAAUUGCAGGACUGGCUGCUGGUAGCUUCUUGAGUUUCAUCGUGGCCAGCUAA